CUAAUCUUCAGCCAAUCUGAAAUACCUGACUUUUCACUGUCAUACAGGGUACUAAGAGAUCUAGACAGUAAUUUCAAGUCUUUGGUCUACAAGAUCAUACAAGGAAAGUUGCCGAACAUGACUCUUCCGUCACCUCAAGCUUCCGAAGGAAACACAAAUGCAAGGCGAGCAUCGGAAGAGACGAGAAAGCUUCGCUCUGCAUGUAACGCAUGCCAUGGUGCAAAGGUCCGAUGUAGUGGCGGUAUGCCAUGCUCAAGAUGCGCGAGGGAUGGUAUGGAGUGCCGCUACAGUUAUCGAGCAAAGCUGGGGAAGCCAAAGGGGAGCGUCAAUAAGAAGACUCUGGAAAGGUUAAAAAGAAUGAGAGAAGAACAAGGAUCGUCUGAGGCACAGUCGAUACAAGUGCCGACACCCCAGACCGCUAGCGAUUGCGCAAUUCAGGGCAGAAAUUGCUCUCCGUCUUCAACUCAACCUAUCACCACAAUUUCCUCCACGAUCUCGCCGCCUGCAGCAGAUCUGUCUUCACUUCAGCCGGUGGAGAGAACGGAUUCCGAUAAACCUUCUAUAUUUCCACUAGACACACCGCCCUAUCAGAUGCCUCUCGAUCCGCUCUUAGACUUUGGGGGAUCCACGGCAGAUGAUUUUGAAUUUCUCAACCAUCAGCAGGACCAUUCGGAAAUUCCGGAAUUGACAGGAGCUGGACUCGAUACUCAAUACCUUAAUUUUGAUAUAGAAAGCACACAAUCAUGCCAUGAGGAUGGCGAAGACGAGCAGGGACAGCUACACACGUCUCAGGAUUCCUCGCCAUGGCUAUCACCAUCUGUCAGCAAUUAUCAACUCCCAAUGGAUCGACAACCCCAGCGCGGAAAAAGUUUGGGCAGGGAGCUAAUAUCGCCUCAACCACUUUUCUAUCAACAAAAUGAAGCGGCAGUUGCAUCAUGCAAUUGCUUUCACCGUCUCUCCGACCAUCUUUGUCAUCUACAAACCAUUUCUGGUCUUGAUCGUGUCGUUAGACUCGAUACUGUCCUAAUUCUCUCGCAGCAGGUACUCCCUUCGAUAUCGCGCUUCCUCCACUGCAGCUUCUGUUGUUCCAAUACCCAAGGUUUCUUUUUAACCUCGAUGCUUCUCUCGAAGCUGUUUGAGCUAUAUAUUACCUCGUCUGCUCCCUGUCAGGAACCCAUCUCGCAACUUGACAUCCGACUUGGAAACUAUCAACCCUCCUGUCAGCUUGCAACUAGUAUCAAGUGCCUUCUUAUCCGACACCACUUGAGAGAUGUAAAGUCCAUUGUCGAAAGCUUUGACCAGAGGGCAAAUCGGUCGUCAGGGAAUGAAGCGGAUAGUGAGUAUCUCAAACUUCAAGUAAGGAAAUUUAAACAAGAGGUAGUAAAAUUAGAAAAGCAAACCGGGGGCUCAGGAGGUAUAGACUGUUUGAAACAGAAUAGUAUACCUUUUUAAAAGUUUUCAUUGAUCGAUCAAAUUGCUCUGGAAGCAAAAAUAAACAAAUUACGAUUC